CCAAUUCAGGAUGCAGCUAUGCUGCAACAGGAUGACAGCUGUUUAACUUUGGGUGAAUUUUCCACAGUUAGCAUGUCUUUAAGACUAAAAUAACCGACCACGACUUUACACGAAAUCAGUAGAGAUACCAGCAGUUUUACUUUAAACGUAUUAGAUGUGUCUCCAAUGUUGUCGAGUCAGAUAUGUUGUUAGCGCACUGUUAGCUCGUCGGUAUUUUGAAGAACUUGGCAGCUAUUAAUUUGAGGUUGUUACACCCAUUGAAACGCUGUGAUUCAUGUGAGGCGUGGCAUUUGAGUGUAGCUUUUGAGACGUGGUAGUAGUGCAAUUUGUUGGCAGAAACGAUUCAGUUUAAAGAAUUAGGGGAAACAGACUUGAACAUAAUGUUCAGGGUCGGAUAGACGAUGCUAGCAAUAGCUAACUAGUUAGCCAUUAGUGUGAAAUAAAGAACAUUUAGUUGUCAGCAUCAGUCGUUUGGUCACUGUAAGUGUCCGUUUAAUAUUUGGCUAUUGUAUUGCUUUUCUCUAUACAUUUUAGCAUCCAGGUGCCACAUAUCUUCACCUGUUAAGUUGAGCGUUCGCGCUGUUAACCUGUGAAGUUUCAGCUGCUGUACGGAACUGUUUGCUCUAACAUUGCCCAUUCGUUUAGGACGGUCAGCAAUGCACUUUAUUGUGUUGUCGAUUGUAUUGCAACUUCAUUUUGUUUUUCAUUGAUCGUUAAAAAGCACAAUGUAAACGCUCAAAGGGGUUUUUAGUCCGUGAUACCCCCUGUCCCCGCAAAUGCAGAUGGUGGGGAUUUAAAUUGCCUACAUAACAGGGUUUCAUUUAUUGCAUACGAGGCCAGUGACACCUGUGUCACCGGUAUUCUUCUGCACUUGAAAGGCCGCUUACUGACUUUUCAAGAAGCCAUAGAUGUCUACAGUCUGGAUGUAACGUCACCUUUCCACCACUACCCAGAAGAAUGUCUGCUCUGUGGAUUGCACUGCUGGCAUUUUUGGUUCUGGCAAUCUUGUCCAUCAUUUUCUUCAGAUGGACAGUGUGCAGCCUGGCUGUGCGUAUUUGUGCAAAAGUGUUGAAUGCUGAGCUGAAGAUCAAGUCAGUGGGCCUGUUCUCUGUGAGGGGAAUCAGCUUGCAGUUCCAGCCUCAGCAUACACUGGAAAUUGACAAAAUAUGGAUCUCCUGCAAACUCUUCAACCAAGACUUGCCGAGGUACUUGGCCCUGUGUGUGGGGGAGACACGGGUGCGCAUCGAUCUCCUGGAACCCAUGAGGCCUCGGCCACCACGGAGCCCCGAGAAAGACAAAGAGAAGGAGGAGGGCAGACUGGCCCUCAGUCCCUCCACUCUACACUUCCUCUCUCAGGUGCUAUCCCUCCAUAUCAACUCCAUUAAUGUGAUGGUGUUAAACCUGGCCCUCUCCGAGUCCCUGUGGCACAUGACCACCACGGGAAUCACACUGCUGCUCGACCACCAGGCCAAGAGGUUGGCCUGGGAUUUCUCAGUGGGACAGCUUAGCAGCAAAGUGUUGAAAAGCAGCCGAUUGCAGGACACGUGUCUGGCGGAGGUGUCCCUCAGUCUGUCAGUGCUGGGGGACAUCAGCCUACCGGAGCUGCGGCCUGGUCGCCUGGAGCUCAGCGUACGCACGCUAUUGGCUGAGCUACACGAGGGACUGUUCCUGAGUCAGCUGCUGCCGCCUUCCCAAACCAGCCCAGCAGACGCCAGCCUCGCCUUAACUGAGUGUGAGGAGGAGCAGUUUCUGCAGACGGAGGCCCUGGACCACCUCCACCAGCUGCUUCCUCAGAAGGUCAACGUGGACUUCGAGAACACUAACAUCACCUUGUCCAUGCACAGCCAGAAGAGACACUUGAACUGGACUCUGAAGUCUCUGAAGAUGGGGUACGGGCGAGAGGAGGAUCAGCCGACCCUGAGCCGCUUCACGCCGGACCUCAGCGUCCCCCAGAGCAGCCUGGAGCUCCUGCUGGAGGAUGGACUCCUCCUUUCCCAGAGCAGGCAGAGGAUCCUCUGCCUCAACACCCUGAAGACUGGCCUGCAGGUGACGUCGUCGGAUAUAUCAGGCUCGGUUACCGUCAACACCUGCAUCAUCCACUACCGUCACCAGGAGUUCUCCCACUGGUUUGACCUGCUGUCUUGGGAAAAGCUGUCUCACAGAAAACCUACCCAGAGGAAAAAGCGCUUCCCCCAUCUUGAUGCUCCGGUUCUCGUCAGCUGCUCGGUGUCCAACGUAAACGUAUCAGUACAGCUGGGGGACACGCCGCCCUUUGCUCUGGGCUUCUUAUCCACCAGUGCAGAACUGCGCCAUCUGCUGGAGACAGGGGAGGAUGCAGAGGGUGAGAGCAGUAGCAUCACUAGCAGCAGCAGGGGGCAGCAGAGAGCCUCGGUGUCCCUGGACCACUUCUGGUGGCGUGUGGGUCAGGGCUCCCACAUCCAGCAGGCGCCGCACCCACCAGGGAAGCACGUGUGGGGGGAGGCCCUCAUCCUGGACUCUCUCACACUGCAGGGCAGCUGUGGUGAGCCUGAGGUGGAGUCAUCCUCCAUCACCACCUCCCCCACUGCAGCAGCAUCAUCAGCAGGGAGGAGCGUGAGCGUGGAGUCCAGUCUGAAGGGGCUCCAGGUGGAGGUAUCUGAGACCUGCGCCCUCUGCCUGUCUCGCUUGCUGUGCCUCUUCGCCCCCAACGGCACACCCAAGGCCCCCAGCGUCCCAGUGCCUUCGCCCCCCAACGCCCCCUCGCCUCUGCUCCUCAGCAUGGAGGUCAAUCUGGAUGAUGCCAACGUCUUCACGCUCUCCAAUGUAGCAGGUGCUGUGGCGUUGAGGGUGGACUCAGUGCAUGCGGAGGGCGGAGGGGAGAGCUCGCGGGUGGAGGUGCAGGGCCUGGCCCUGUCUGUGGUGAAGGUGAUCACGGAGAGCAUGGAGGCCUGCUGCCCAGCCACGGACACCCUCAACCCCAUCCUCAGCCUCACUUCCCUGGCCUCCUCCUACCAGCCCAGCACACACAGCCUGGAGAUGCAUGUCAACGAAGCCUUAUCGGUCCACUGGACGCCCUCAGACCACAUGUUCAUGUAUCACCACGUCACAGAGACCAAAGCCUCCUGGAGCGCUCUGUCCUCAGCACUUAGACCUCUCACAGGGAAGGAUCCAGUGGAGGAGGAGGCGGAGGAGGACCAGAAGACUGAGACGUCAACACCAACAGACUCCUCCAUUCAUCCUACAAAGAGCAGGACUCUGAACCUUAGCGUGGAGCUGAAGAGUUCCUCGCUGAGCGCCUGCGUCGGGGAGACCAACUUCAUCGUCCUGCAGGCUGACGCGUUGUCCAUCUCCAAAACAUCUGGCUCGCUCCACGCCAAGACCCCCCGUCUGGUCUUCAACUUUGAUGGCAAUGACAUCUUCACGUUCUCCUGCGCCGAGAUGCAGGUGUUGGAGGAGCUGGAGGAGAUGCGAGCCCAGCGCGACCACUUCCCCUUCCUGGCCACCUCGUCCAAUCGCGUCUGGCUCUUCACCAUCCCUACAGUGGGCGUGGAGUUCCCCUACCAGUACAACUUCUCCAACACCUUCGACAAGGCCAUCGGCAUCCAGAAGUGGCUCAAGACCCUGCACAAAUCCAGCUCGAGUUCUGCUGCUGCUGCUGUCGGUGAAGUUGGGGGUGGUGGUAGUGCCCAGGUGGACCGUCUUCCCCCAGACCUGCUCAUCCGCGUCAGCCAGUUCUCCUUCGUCUUCCUGGACGACGUGUUCGAGAUCAAGCUGCGCGACAACUACGAGCUGAUGAAGGACGAGAACAAGGAGAGCGCCAAGCGGCUGCAGCUACUCGACCGCAAGGUGGCGGAGCUCCGCAAGCAGCACGGCGAGCUGCUCCCCGCGCGCAAGAUCGAGGAGCUGUACACCUCGCUGGAGCGCAAGCACAUCGAGAUCUACAUCCAGCGCUCGCGCCGUCUCUACGCCAACACGCCCAUGCGCAAGUCGCUACUCACCUGGACCGUGGCCGACCUGGAGCUGGGCGUGCUGGCCGACAGGGCUCUGCACGGGCCCGAGCGCGUCCGCGAGCAGCUGAGGGACAUCGACGCCGUCAGCCCGUUUCCCAGAGACGGCCUGCCUCUGGCGGUGCAGUGGUGCAGAGCCAUGCGGUUCAAGCUUUCCGCUUUCCUGGUGCGUAUCCGUGACUACCCGCGCUACCUGUUUGAGAUCCGGGACUGGACGUUGUGGGGGCGUCUGGUGGGCGCGGAGCAGGAUGGCCACCCGCGGGCGCGGCGACAGCAGCUGGUGCAGCUGGGACAGCCCUGGGGGGACGUCAGCGUGCUCCGCAACAUGCCACCCCUCAAAUUCUACUACGACGUCCAAUCGGACAUCUCUCUGUACACUAUCGUGUGGGGCCCGUGCUGGGACCCGGCGUGGACCUUGAUUGGUCAGGUGGUGGACCUGCUGACCAAGCCCACGGCCGACCCCUCGCCCCCGCUGGCCUGGUGGGACAAGAGUCGGCUGCUGAUGCACGGGCGCUGGCAAAUGGACAUCGAGCAGGCCAACCUCCACCAGCUCGCCACCGAGGAUCCCUAUAACACUACGGAGAAUAUGCACUGGGAGUGGAUGAAGUUAAACUAUGACUGGAAGCCUGGCCAGUUUGUCUUCAAGGGAGACCUGGAUGUCAACGUUAGGACGGCCUCCAAGUAUGACGAUAUCUGUUUCAUGCACAUGCCCAAUCUGUGCAUGACACUUGACCUCCAGUGGCUGUGCCAUGGCAACCCUCACGACCACCACUCCGUGCAGCUGUGCUGUGCGGAGAACGUGGCCGACGUCACCUCCGGCCAAUCGCACGACUCCUACCGGGCGUUCCGCUCUGAGAACCUGAACCUCUCCAUCACCAUGGACCUCAACCAGCACACCAGCAGCACAGAGCCGUGUCAGCCCCGUAUCCUACUAUACAGCAGCACGCUGCGCUGGAUGCAGAACUUCUGGGCCACGUGGACCAGCGUGUCGCGGCCCAUCUGCCGGGGGAAGCUCUUCCACAGCCUGCGGCCCAUACGCAAGAAGCUGGGCCAGCACUACAAGCAGAUGUCCUUCACCUCCGCCUUCCCUCAGCUGCAGGUGCACUACUGGGCCUCGUUUGCACAGCAGCGGGGCAUCCAGGUGGAGUGCUCCAAGGGACACGUCUUCACCAGAGGGGCGCAGAGACUCAUCCCACAGGCUGGUACUGUGAUGAGGAGGCUGAUCUCGGAGUGGAGCGUGACCCAGAUGGUGAGCGAGCUGUCGCUGGUCACCGUGCACCUGAUGGCCUCCACCUGGGACGAGACGGCCGACCACCAGAUCAACGCCCAGGUCAAGAAGACCCACCUGCUCAGCCUCUCCUCCCUCAGCUACCAGCGCCAGAGCAACCGCAUGGAGGAGGAGCCGAGUUCUACAGACGAGAGCAACGCACCGUACACCCACAAGCUGUGCCUGGUGGACCUGAGGGCCUCCUGGACUCCCACCAACAGGAACAUCGCCUUCGGCCUGUACGACGGCUACAAGAAGGCGGCGGUGCUGAAGAGGAACCUGUCCACGGAGGCUCUGAAGGGGCUGCGCAUCGACACCCAGCUGCAGGCCAAGAAGCUGAAGAGGAGCGGCUCCACCUACUCCUCCAGCACCGCCCCCUCCACGCCCACCAUGACCCUCACCCUGCCCUCCACCUCCACCAGCCGACAGGACAGCAGCCCCUCCGGAGGCCCCUCCAUGCUGCAGAGGCUGAUCGAGGAGACUGAUAAGUUUGUGGUGUUCUCGGAGGAGGACUCGGGGGUGGUGGACCAGCUCUGUGGCAUCGCUGCCUGUCAAACAGAUGACGUCUACAACCGCAACUGGUUCAUCGAGCUGGUCAAUGGUCAGAUGAUGCUGCGCGGUGCGGAGACGGCCGGCUGCGUCCUGGUGUCGGCGGCCAAAGCCCAGCUGCUGCAGAACGAGCACCACCCGGCCUGGUACAACGACACGCUGAAGCAGAAGACCACCUGGACCUGCCUGCUGGAUGGCAUGCAGUACUUCGCCACCAUGGAGUCCAACCCCUCCGAACAGGAGGACUGGCAACUCUGGCUGGAGGUGAAAAACAUUGAGGAGCACCGCCAGAGGAACCUGGACUCCGUGCUGGAGCUGAUGGAGAGUGGCCAGGCGGUGGGAGGGAUGGUCAGCACCACCACAGACUGGAACCAGCCGUCGCAGGUGCAGGAGACCCCACAGGUGCAGCGCAUCAUCUCCCGCUGUAGCUGCCGCAUGUACUACAUCGGCUACAGUCACGACAUCGACCCCGAGCUGGCCACGCAGAUCAAGCCGCCCGAGAUACGCGACCACCACGAGAAGGAGGACCUGCUCAACAAACAGGCCGGUGCUGUGGACACGUUCACCCUGAUCCACCACGACCUGGAGAUCUCCACCAAUCCAGUGCAGUACGCCAUGAUCCUGGACAUCGUCAACAACCUGCUGCUGCAUGUGGAGCCCAAACGCAAGGAGCACAGUGAGAAGAAGCAGCGUGUGCGUUUCCAGCUGGAGAUCUCCAGCAACCCCGAGGAGCAGCGCAGCAGCAUCCUGCACCUGCAGGAGGCCGUACGCCAGCACGUGGCCCAGAUCAGGCACCUGGAGAAGCAGAUCUACUCCAACAUCAGGUCUCAACAGGAUGAGUUGAGGGAGCUGUCGGACAUCAACCUGAAGCUGCAGAACCAGCUGAACCAGGAAAAGACGGACCUGCAGAUGAAGAGCGAGGAGCUCAACAUCCUCAUCAGGUGCUUUAAGGACUUUCAGCUGCAGCGGGCCAACAAGCUGGAGCUGCGCAAGUCUCCCGAGGACGUGAGCGUGGUGCGGAGGACGGAGAUCUACUUCGCCCAGGCGCGCUGGUGCCUCACCGAAGAGGACGGUCAGCUGGGCAUCGCAGAGCUGGAGCUGCAGAGGUUCAUGUACAGCAAGCUGAACAAGUCGGAUGAUACGGCGGAACAUCUCCUGGAGCUGGGCUGGUUCACCAUGAACAACCUGCUGCCCAAUGCUGCCUAUAAGGUGGUGCUGCGUCCUCAGAGUCCCUGCCAAUCAGGACGCCAGCUUGCUCUGCGCAUCUUCAGUAAGGUCCGCCCCCCAGUCGGUGGGAUCUCCGUCAAGGAGCACUUUGAGGUGAAUGUGGUGCCCCUCACCAUCCAGCUGAUGUAUCAGUUCUUCAAGCGCAUGAUGGGUUUCUUCUUCCCUGGCCGCAACGUGGAGGAGGAGGAGGUGGGGGAUGAGGAGGACAAGUUCAGACUGGUCACUACAGGUAUCCCUGUGGUCAAGCCAAGGCAGCUAUCGGAAGAUACCAUUGCGGGGUUGGGCACGAGUAAAGGUGGCCCGGGCCUCAACCGCACGGCGGGAGUCAGGAGAUCGUUUCGUAAACCUCCUGAGACGACAUUGGACGACAUUGACAAGAUGAAGGAGAGGGCAGCCAUGAACAACUCUUUCAUCUACAUCAAGAUUCCACAGGUGCCUCUCUGUGUCAGCUACAAGGGAGAGAAGAGCAGUGUGGACUGGAAGGACUUGAACUUGGUGCUGCCGUGUCUGGAGUACCAUAACAAUACGUGGACCUGGCUGGACUUUGCCAUGGCCGUGAAGAGGGACAGCCGGAAAGCCUUGGUGGCUCAGAUGAUCAAGGAGAAGCUGCGUCUGAAGCCGGCGUCGGGCUCGGAGUCGCGGGGCAAGGCGGUGGUGGAGGGCCGCACGACGGACAGCAGCCUGCAGCAGCAGGAGGAGGACGAGAAGGCACGGCUGCUCAUCGGCCUCAGCAGCUCCGACAAGAGCUCCAGCAAGAAGAGCAUCUUCGGACGCCGCAAAUGACACAGGCCCUAAGAUGUGGGGCUUAACCCUAGGCCUCACUUCUUCACCACAACAAAAACCUCCUUUCAUCACCUCUAAUCAGGUUAGGACAAAGUAGAGGGUAUAUAGAACAUAAAGUCUCUGCCUGUAUUUUCCGGCAAGUAGAGCCUCUUCGGAUGUCACAAAUGACACAGGCCCUAAGAUGGGGCUUAACCCUAGGCCUCACUUCAACACAACCAAAACUUCCUUUCCAUCGACUUUGAUCAGGUUAGGAUGGAAUAGGACCGAUCCUCGGGAGGUGUCAGAUUAGAUUAUAUAGAACAUAAAGUCUCUGGCUGUACUCUGCGGCAAGAAGAGCAUCUUCGGACGCCGCAAAUGACACAGGCCCUAAGAUGGGGCUUAGCCCUAGGUCUCACCCCUAUACAACCAAAACCCCUUUUCAUUGCCUCUGAACAGGUUAGGACAGAGUAAUAUAAUGCCGAAGAAGGAGGUGGGGUGUCACCACUACAACCACUUGCCUCCUCCAUCCCCUCUGAGCAAGCUGGGAGAGUAUGAUCGUGCUGAGGGAGGUUUAGUGACCCACGUCCUCGCCACUACAACCCACGCCCCUGUGCUUGCCUCCUCCAUCACCUCUGAACAAGCCCUGGCUGUAUGCGAGAUCGCACAGAAUCAUCUCUGACUGUACUGUACUGUAUGUGGUUACCCAGGUCGUGAGGGGGUACCCGUCUCCCAACAAGCACUACUCCUUCUAGUCUGCCCUCUCCAUCCCCUUCUGAACUGGUUGGAAAAGUAUGUCCAACCUGUUUGGAGGAGGUCUGAUGACCUAGGUCCUAAGGAGAGAACUUACCUGCCUGCCUGCCACUUGACAGACCACCACUCCCUUCUAGCCUUGCCUUCUCCAUCGUUUCUGAAAGCGUCAUGGCUGUACGUCAUGGCUGUACGUCAUGGCAAAGCAGGUCUGGUCUAGUGACACAGAUCUGGAAGGAGCAUCACCACUCCUGGAUGUCCAACCUGGUGGAGAAAGUCUAGUGACUUACAGUAGGUCCGAAGGGGAGAACUGCUUGCCACAUUGACAGACCACCACUCCCUUCUAGCCUUGCCUUCUCCAUCCUUUCUGAAAAAGUCAUGCCUGUAUGUCAUGGCGAAGCAGGUGGUGACGCAGAUCUCAAGAGAUCAUGACCACUCCUCCAUCCUUCCCCUCCCAUCCACCCCCCCCCCCCAGGAAGAUAAGGGAGCUUGGCCAAUAGGCCGCUACUACUGCCCUGCCUGCUGUUCCAACCCACACCACUGAUGCCUGAGGUGGACUGAGCGCGGGGCGGCUUCAAGUUGGACGAUGGCCUACAAUGAUGACGACUACUAUGGGGAAGAGCUGAGAGAGGGGUCUCAGAGAACUCGGAGAGGAAACCAGUUCUUUCUCCUGCCUCUCUCUCUCUCCCCCCCUCACUCUUGCUCUCUUGCUCUCUCUCUCUCUCUCUCUCUCGCUCUCUCUCUCGCUCUCUCUCUAUCUCUCUCUCUCUUUAUCCUGCACCUACGCUGCCUUUUUACCUCCAGGUGAGAUUAUGGACAUCUCAGAUUCCUGGUGCAAUGUUGCCUUCCCUCUCCCUCUCCCUCUCCCUCCCUCUCUCCC